GAUACAAUAUAUGGUAUGGUAUAAUAAUUACAAUAAAUUAGAAAGAGCCGAAAUUUCAGGGGGAGUUUAGUUUGCUUAAUUAGAUUAGUGCCUCACUUCUGGCAAGGUAGUGCUCAAAUUAUAUGAUAUGAGAACUAGCCUUGAGUGUGUGCUCAUGACGUGAUUGAACUCGGAAAGGUUUUUUUUUUUUUUUUGCUUGUUCCCAGCAAACGUUUUUUUUUUUUUUUUCUUGUCCCAGCAAAGAAUAACCCUUAAAAUUUUACGCAGUAAAUUUCGACUAAGAGUCCUUUAUAUUCACAUAUAGCUAUAACAUGUUAAAAAAGGGUUUUAAGCAGACCCAAUAUCGCACUAUGGAGACAAGGUGAAGUUGUCUUAGUUCAUAAGCAAUAAUUGAAAGUAAUCUAAUAAUAAUAGCCUUUAUUGAAUUUUGAAAAUAAAAGAAGGCUUAUUAUGGUUAUUAUACAAUUAAUGUAUAUGAGUAGUUUCGUGUACUGUGGCAACAUUUUAACACUUUUAUUCAGAGGCCAAAAGUCACUUAGGAUAAUUGUAUUAUUUACACGUAUUCUAUAUUAUUAAAAUGUAUUUAGCGAUGAGUCGAGGGACUUCACCAAACCUAACGCGACAGUAUUAAUUUUGGAUCAACAGAGGAUUCCGGUGGUGCUUUGAUGCCUCCUGCCCUGUUUUCAUUGGAGAGGAGUUGUUCCGAAAGAGCUCCAUCGUGACAUCAUUGGCUGAUGAUCCAAGAGGAAAUCCAGUGCUGUUGAGAAAGAUGCAUGACAUCGGUUCGCCUUACCGCUACGCGUUUCUCCUCGGAUGUAACCAAAAGAGAAGUGGUUCGAUUGCUGUGAAUGUCAAGGAGAGGACAAAAGGUUGUUGAUUCUUCGAUCCUGGUUACUGUUGUGAUGAUUUUUGGACAGUGGACAGCUUGCCAAGUGUAUUACGGGUGAGCUUUUUGUGAAUGUAAAGUUUACCUGCUGCUGCGCGAGCAGCAGUUUCGUUAAAGCCGUCUCCAUUCUCUCACCUGUCGAGGCAGGUGGAAUAUUGCUGGGUCUUGGAUUACUAUGACCUUGGAUGCAGUGCCCAUGGAGGAUAUUGACAUCGACGUAGUAGGAGAGGGCAGUAAAAGUGCUGAAGAAGAUCUGAAAGCGUCCGUCUCUUUGGACACGAGGGUUGCGUCCGAGUAUGGGUCGGCCACGUCAACUUUGCCAGCUGAACAACGUGAUGAGGAAGGUGCCUCCAACAACUUAUCACCGGGGUGCCCCCCAGUGUCGAACAAAAACCCACUGGUGAAGCCCCCAUACUCAUACAUCGCCCUGAUAACCAUGUCCAUUCUCCAGAGUCCGAAGAAGCGUCUCACCCUCAGCGAGAUCUGCGACUUCAUCAGCCAACGCUUCCCUUACUACCGAGAGAAGUUUCCGGCAUGGCAAAAUUCCAUCCGACACAACCUCUCGCUAAAUGACUGCUUCAUCAAAAUGCCCCGAGAACCAGGCAAUCCUGGGAAAGGGAAUUACUGGACCAUGGACCCUGACUCCUCCGACAUGUUCGAGAACGGUAGCUUUUUGCGGAGAAGGAAAAGGUUUAAGAGACAACACUUUAGGUUUGGGAUUCUCAAAGAACAAGCGCUCGAAGGAACUGGCUUUCCACAUUUUCCCUACGGGAGAUACGGGUUCGGUUCGGCUUGUCUACAGCUCCCACGUCUAGACGUAUAUCCUCUCCGCUUCCAUCAGCACGCACACCCGACCUGUGCGCACCCAAUCCCACCUGCCAGCAGCAUCUUGCCCUCGCUGUCGACGCUCAUCUCCCGGAACGCGUUCGCUGCUAAAGCCUCUGCGGAGUCUCCUGGGAUGGCCAUGGAGUGUUUUAACCCGGCUCGACUUAACGCCCACUGUUCUGCACUUUCCCUCGACUCUCCAUUCGUGUCAUCUGCAAUGUUCCAGCACAGUACAUUCCCGCAUUUUCUAAAUCUACAAUACGAGUACGAGAAACUCCAAACUUUGCGCUCGGACCUAACGAAUAAGCACAUUGUAAGCAACUAGGCCUGGUGGUUUUCUAUGGGGCUGCAGUGAACUAUUGAUAAACUGUAUCCUAAUGAUUUAACUCUCAGGUUCUGCUUUCCCCUUCUGUUAUUGAAGGAAUAUCCACUCGUCUUUAUUUCUUUCA